AUGUUGCAUUGACGGUCCGAUCCAAGUCCGUAAAUCCUCGGGAAGAUUGCUUGUACGGCAGGCACGAUCGAGCAAGAACGGUGGCGAAAUGGCAGCGGAUCACGUCGGGGAAAACGUCACCGGCAGCGACGGCGACCAGCGUUCCAAGGUGAACGGCCAGGAUCUAGAGCAGCAUCCUCGUGGUGACCAGGAACCAGCCGCCGAUCAUGUCAGCAGGGGCCUAGCCGUCGGACAUUUCAUCCGCGAGUUGAUGGUGGAGGGGAUGGCGUCGUUCCUGCUGGUGUUCUGGUCCGGCGUGGCGGCGCUGAUGCAAGAGAUGCACGGCACGCUGUCGUUCCCCAUGGUGUGCCUCGUCGUCGCGCUCACCGUCGGCUUCGUCCUCUGCUGGCUCGGCCCCGCGCACUUCAACCCCGCCGUCACCGCCACCUUCGCCGCCUUCGGCUACCUGUCCUGGGCCAAGCUGCCGUUCUACGUGAUGGUCCAGCUGGCCGGCUCCGUGCUGGCCUGCCUGUCGGUGAACGGCGUCAUGCGGCCGCGGGAGGAGCACUUCUACGGGACGGCGCCCAUGCCCGGCCACACCAGGCUGCCGUUCCUGCUCGAGCUCCUCGCCUCCGCCGUGCUCAUGAUCGUCAUCGCCACCGCCGCCAGAGGCUCCAAUCCGACGGCGGGAGGGCUGGCCAUCGGCGCUGCCGUCGGCACGCUGGGCCUCAUCAUCGGGCCGGUGUCAGGGGGGUCGAUGAACCCGAUCAGGACGCUAGGCCCAGCUAUCGUGCUCGGCAGGUACACCUCCGUCUGGAUCUACCUCGUCGCGCCCGUCGCCGGCAUGCUGCUCGGCGCGCUCUGCAACCGCGCCGUCAGGAGCUCCGACGCCGUCCUAGACUUCCUAUGCGGUGGCAGGGCUAGAGCGGUGGCGCGCAAGACCGGCAGGAGGGCGCCGGCGCUCAUGGGGCACGCCGUUGGAGCUGUUGCGUCGCAGCAGCUGUAGGCUUCUAGCCCCCCGCCCGUCGUGGCCGUGAUGGCUUUGGCUCCCCUCCCCUCGCUCGUUGUAACAGCGGCGAGAAAACUUCAAAACGAUCGAAAUGCAAGUGUACAAUAUAUUCCCUACAUUUUAAAUACGUUUCAAAUUGUAAGUUAUUUUAAUUUUUAAGGAUAUUCACUAUAUAUCUAGGUGCAUAAUGAAAACUAUGCAUAGAGGCGUAGUCAGGAUUUGAAUAGGAUCAGGAUGCCAAAGAAGGCAUUGAAUUGUUUGUCCGCGUGUAGAUGGUUAGAUAUAUAGAAAUAGAUUGGGUACUGUACAGUAUAAUGCAAUUGUGUUGCUAUAUACACAACAAUAUUUAGUUA